CGCAGGGCGACGAGGUGUGCACCAUCCUGAGGGAGUGCACCGACACUUCGGAUUUUUCGAAGCUGGCUGAGGCAAGUCGCAACCCUUUGCGCGUCCUCGGGAUGCUGUCCCAGUCCUCCCAAUCGGGGGACGUUGCGGGCGUCACCAGACUCGAGUCGGACUCCAUCCUCGCAGACUGGUAAGAUGACGAGCAGCGCGCCGCUGUCGCAACAGCCAGAACCAACGGCACAUCUCAAGUUUCCCUUUGUGUGUUGUGCUGCGCCUGUCUGUGUGUGGUGUGAACUUCUUCCUCUCAGGAACUAUGCAGCCCACCGCGAGGCCGAGCUGACCCGCCGUGAGAGCGACGCUAAGCGAUGGGAGUCGGAGGGCGACCUCUUCCAAGUCAGCUUCACCAACGGCGCCCCGGCGGACGGCGGCAAGACCGCCGCACAGGCCACCGCAGACAAGAAGAAGAUCAAGAAGCAGUAUGCCAAGCGCCGCGGUCUACUCAAGCUCUCAUUUCCGAAGCUCGGCAAAGGGUCCAGGACACCGCCCCAGUCGAUGGAGGCGCCCCGCGUCGACACCGAGGCGGACCUCAACGCGGCUCUGAUCAAGCUGGAGGCCAAGAUGCGCGAGGGCGAGGAGCUCUCGCGUGUGGUGGUUCACAGCGGCUCCCACCCGCCGCCCCGCCCUCCGGGCCGGCCCAAGAAGGGCGGCCUCAAGGCCAUGGCAUCCUGGGCCACCGGCCUGGGGAGCUUCAAGCCCAAACCCAAGAAGAAGUCGGGUGCGAUGCUGCGGAGCGAGAUGAUGCGCAUCGCCAUGGAGGGCAUCCCCGACAAUGCCCCCAAGGGCAACGGCAUUCUGCCGCGGCGGAACCGCAAGACCUUCAGCGAGGUGUCCGGAUGGUCGCAGGUGGACCCUCAGGACCUCGAGGGACGCAUCAAGCAGGCCCACAAACAGGCCGAGGACAUCGUCGCUCGUGCGCGUGAGCGGGCCAAGCAGCUGAUGGCAGCGGCCAAGGAGGAGGCAGCAGCCGAGGCGCAUGAGAUGAAGUGAGGGAGGGAGGGCGUGGGGGAAUGAGAGGAAUUUGCAGGACAGGACACUCACGGUACGGUGUCUUAUGUGGAUGAUGUGUGUGUGGUUGUCCGUUCAGGCUAUCCCUUGAGAAGGACCUUGACCGUGAGAAAAGCGAGGUGCGGUGCGCCAAACAACACACCACCACACGCUCACAUCCCCGCUCACAUCCUAACAUACUGUGUCACUCAUGUCAUGAUGGUUGGUCGUCAGCUGUCUGCGCGUGAGUCGGCCGACACCGAGGACACCAUUCCCACUGCUGAGGGCGAGACGCCCGCCGGGCUGCAGGAGCGGGUCGACGAGAUAUUCGAGGCCCUCAGACAACGGGACGCCGUCAAGGACGGAUGCAAACUCUGCACACGUGAGGCAGGCAGCUGACACACACACACACCCGCACACACACGCUGCUUUUGUUGGUGUCGCGACUUCAUUGUGCUGUGGUGUUUGUCUGUUGGUCCUGUGUUUAGGUCACGUGUUGGCAGUGGAUAUGUGUCUGAGCCAGGAGGCCACGAGCACACUCAUCCGCGAGCGGCUCGCCAGGGAGAGCGCGGCGCCCAAAGUCAGCGUCGCCACCCAAACUGGCGAACGGUCGGGACUUUUCUUGUGAUGAAUGAGCAGUGUGGCCACCGUGGCGUCUCAUGUCGUGUGUACUGCUAUCCUUUUUGCGCUGCCGUGUUUUUGGCCGGCACCAGCACAUAGGGGGCGGGGCGUGUGUGGAUGGGAUGCGGCGGGUUGGCUGUGGUGUGUGUGUAUGCGUGAGCCGUUUUUGGCUCACUGGCAGCUGUUUUCCCUGUCAGCCUCAGGUGUGCCUGCCUGUCUGUCUGUCUGUCUGUAUGUGUAUCGCUUAUGCAUCACUGGCUAAAUGGCUUUAUGCUAUGCGUGUCUCCUGUGAAGUGAGUCUCUGUGGGGGGUGGUGCCUUCCUUCGCCGUUUCGCUUGUUCGUCGCGGAUGCCUCAGCGGCUGCGCACCGUCGCGCACCCGCUAGUGCAUCCGUCGGGUGCAGGAGGAACGAAGGGCGGCACCAACACCCACGGCAGACAUCAGUGUUGGACCAUUCCUUGAUUGGCUUCUCUCUGGCUGGAUAAAUCAGCUUCUUCCUGUGGUAUGGCAGUGGCUCGUAUGACAGCUGUGGCACACCGCCGUGCCCUCGUCUGUGCGAGGCCAAGCGGGCUGCCGCAUCACACAUAUACCACCUCAGUAGCACACUCACGCGCCAUCUUCGCAUUCAUAUGGCUUUCUGUUUUGUCUCUGAGCGGUGUGAUGUGAUGUCUUGGUGUGUGCAUCAGUCAUUUGCGCCCCGUCGCGAGCUCUUCAGCGAGAUCGAUUGAGGAGCGCAUCCGCCUCUCUGUCCUUCUCGCAAAGAGCUUGCUGACGCGGAGCGAAUGCCGAUGCACCGAGGCAUUAGGAUGGCGAAAUGUUUGUCAAAUUAAUGAUAACGGCGCCGCCUGCCUUUCUGCAUGGCGCGUGCAGAUGAGUGUGAGCGAUGGCGAUGGUUGGUUGGUUGGUACCUGCAACAUUCAUUCAUUGUCAUAUAUGCGCAUGGCCGACGGACUUUUGUGCCGGUUGGUUCCUGUUUUGUGCUGUGCGUGCGUGUUGUGUCCCCUUGCCUAGUUGUAUGUGCGUGUCCGUGGGCCACAUGUGCAUGGACCUAAUUCCACUCUGGGUGUGCGUGUGUGUUCGUGUGAGUGGCGAUGGAUGACACCAUACCAUGACAGAGACACCAUGCAGUCGAAUUGACUGAAUGACGGAUGAUGCGAGAG